CUACAGCCAAAGCCUAUCAAUCACAACUGAUGAUACCUGAUCAUGGAAAGAAGAUCAGCCAUAAUGCAGUACUCAAAUCUACCAAUCAAAAUUGUUAUCUGUGAAUUUUUCAAAAUUAGAAGUCUUUUGAGUUUUUAAUAAGUACAACUACUUAUUUAAUAUUGAAUGGACUUUAUUACAUGAUCAUGACAUAAUAACAAGUAACAAGGUUUAGCUUGUCAAGCUGGCAUUCAAUGAAAAAUGUAUGUAUGUGAAAAAAGCCCAAUGGCUUUAUAUGAAGUACAAAAGCUAUUUUCUAUAGUAAUUUUAAAGAACUACUUAUGCAACAAAAACUUACCAAUAACUACUGAUCAUUUUAAGACUUCUUAUUCUUGAUCUUAAACAAUUUACUUAAACUUAAU